CCAAGCAAAGCCAUCUCGCCCACUUGCCUUUUAGGAAAACUCCCCUAUCUCAGGCUAGGCAGCAGAAGGUGAACUAACUAGAGCAUCUUUCUCUGAGACGAGUAAGAUCUUCUUGUUGUGAAUAUCUUCUCCGGAGUCAAAAAUAGUUCCUAAAGAUCAAAGCCUGUUCAGAUUCAGUCUCAUUCAAGAGGUUUCAAUUCUGGACUAAACAUGAGGUUUUGCAUAUUGGAGUACUCCUCCCUGUUAUUAUCAUUUAUAUUCUGAUGUCUUGCCUGCAAUACUGAUUGAAAAAGCUCAAUUCUUGAGUGAGGGAAUGGAUUCGAUCAGUAAUAGGAAUCAAAAUGGAGAAACUGAGGAAUCAAAUGGUGCUAAGCUCCAGGGUCAAGCCCCUCUCAAUAUAUCAGUAUCUAAAAGGACCCUCUUGAACAAUGAAAAUCCCCAAAGGAAUGUUCCACUCCAAGACAUGUUUACUGCCCUUCCCAAUAGAAUAAAUUUUCUUAAAUUUGGCUCUGCAUCUGCCAAAUUCAGGCGGUUGGCUGAGGACAGAGAUGAGAUGUCACGCUCAGUUGCUUCUUCAAGUGGCCAUGGUUUUCGUGAGCGCAUGCAUGGAGUUUUUGAUAGGAAGAUUGAUUGGGCUUCCCUGAUGAAAAUGAGCAAAGACUGGUUACGGGAUCCAAUGAACAUGGCCCUGUUUGUGUGGAUAAUAUGUGUUGCUAUUUCAGGUGCAAUUCUGUUCCUAGUCAUGACUGGAAUGUUAAAUGGCGUGUUGCCAAAGAAAUCGCAGAGAAAUGCAUGGUUUGAAGUAAAUAAUCAAAUCCUCAAUGCAUUGUUCACUCUUAUGUGCCUUUACCAGCACCCAAAACGGUUCUACCACCUUGUGCUUCUCUGCAGAUGGAAACCGGAGGACAUUUCUAGACUCAGAAAGAUUUACUGUAAGAAUGGGUCCUAUAAGCCCCAUGAGUGGGCACACAUGAUGGUAGUUGUUAUCCUACUCCAUGUGAAUUGUUUUGCUCAAUAUGCACUAUGUGGUCUAAAUUUGGGGUACAAGAGAUCUGAGCGACCUGCCAUAGGAGUUGGAAUAUGUAUAUCUCUUGCAAUAGCUGCACCCGCAAUUGCUGGGUUAUACACCAUUAUUAGUCCGCUUGGGAGGGAUUAUUCCGAAAUGGAUGAGGAAGCGCAGAUUCAAAUUACUACUGGUGAAAGUACGAGGCCAGAGCAGUUAAGGAGAAAAUCAUUUGAAAAGAGAUUUUCCUUUGCAACAAGAGAUGAACAAGCAAAUGUUGAGACUAGACCUCAAUGGAGUGGAGGGAUCCUUGAUUUUUGGGAUGACAUUUCUCUGGCAUAUCUAUCACUUUUCUGUAGUUUUUGUGUCUUUGGAUGGAAUAUGGAUAGGCUUGGAUUUGGGAACAUGUAUGUUCAUAUUGCAACCUUUCUCCUCUUUUGUAUGGCUCCUUUCUGGAUUUUCAACUUGGCUGCCGUUAAUGUUGAUGAUGAGACUGUCAGGGAAGCUUUAGGACUUACGGGUAUUAUCCUUUGUGCAUUUGGUUUGCUAUAUGGUGGCUUCUGGAGAAUCCAAAUGAGAAAAAGAUUUAAUUUGCCAACUUAUACCUUCUGUUUUGGUGAACCAGCAGUUUCUGAUUGCACAUUGUGGUUAUGUUGUUGUUGGUGCUCUCUAGCACAGGAAGUUCGAACUGGGAAUUCUUAUGAUAUUGUGGAAGAUAAGUUUUACAGGAAACCCGUGGAUGGUAGUAACUAUCCACAGCCUUCGCCUCGUGAAGAUGGUUCUGGCCCAAGUUCGCCACUUGGCAACAACCGUAGCCCAUCCAAGACUCUGAUAGCUAAUUCUCCAAGUCCUAGAAGAGUUUCAAAUGAGUAUUAUAACCCAGACAGGCAGCUUUUUACGGUAAAAGAAGAGUCUUCUGCAGGAGGAAAGGAUGAGACGAUGACUCCACCAUCACCAUCAUUAAUAGAAAGAGAAGCCGUGUAGCGGGAAAAUGAUUUAGAUACCGUUAUUAUUUAUUGGUAAUGGAUUGUUGUGGAAUAGCAAUGUAAAUUUUACAUGUAUCAUGAGUGACUCUAUACAGUGCGUAUCUAUAUCUUUUAGAGAUACUAGUUUGCCUGUAUAAAGAUUUUUCAUUUUGAACAGCAUUAUUUUCAUAUGGAGAGUAGUCUAAAUCAGGAAGGAUUUUGAGGAAA